AUGCCUCUAAGUCUCACUCCUCAACAAAAUGAAACAGGUGAUGAUACUCUGGCUAUCGCUCCUGAGAAUGCAGUUGAACCAACCCAUAGCAAGAUCCAAGGGUUCUCUAGUUGGAACUUUCUUCCUCGCCGAGUCAGGCCUUUUUCCUUUCGCAAGGUCGUCAUCUUCUGCCUAGCAUCUGCCCUCGUAGGUAGUGCUUGGUUGUCUACCUGGGAGCCGGAGAAGUCAAUCAAUCUAGAAACCCCAGUCAUUGACGCCUACGUACCCCCUAUGCCGCAUCCACCCGCUGGAUAUACUAUACAAGCAGAUACCAGCCAUCCAAUCCAGUGGCUCCGUAAGAAUACCAUCCUAGAUUUACAAGAUCUACCGACCCAGCAGGUACAAGCAUUGAUCGAGACACGUCCAAAAGCUGCGUUCAUAUCUCUUGUGAGAAACGAGGAGGUCGAAGAAAUGGUCGCCAGUAUCCUCCAGGUGGAAGCUCGAUUCAAUAGCCGGGAAACCCACGGAUACGAUUGGGUCUUCUUCAAUAAUGAGGAGUUCACUGAAGAGUUUAAAGCAAUUGUGUCUGGGGCUACCGAUUCCCAAUGCUAUUUCGAACGCAUCCCUCAAGAGCACUGGAGAAUCCCGUCUUGGAUCGAUAUUAACCGAUUUGAUAUCGGUCGUCAAUUCAUGGGUGGUAUUGGUGUCGGCAAGGCGUGGUUACAAAGUUACCACCAUAUGUGUCGUUGGAACGCUGGUAUAUUUGCCUCAGAGAAGCGUCUUGCCAAUUAUGACUGGUUUUGGCGAGUCGAGCCUGCUGUACAGUUCUCCUGUGAUAUCAAUUACGACGUGUUCCGAUUUAUGCAAGACAACAACAUGGCGUAUGGAUUUAAUAUGGCCAUUCUCGACGAUGCCCGAUCUUUCCCUUCUCUAUGGGAGCGAACCAAAGAAUUCAUCGACCAUAACGAGGAAUUGGUAGAUGAAGAUGCGGAUUUCAACUGGUUGCUAUACACAGCUGAAGAUCAUGAUGAUGUGAUUCGUCCACACACAGGCGCCAAGGAGGGUCUAGGUGAUGGGGAAUACAAUAAUUGCCAGUUUUACUCCAAUUUUGAGAUUGGUUCUCUGAAGUUCUUCCGCAGCAAAGAGCAUAUGGCAUAUUUCGACCAUUUGGACAAAGCUGGCGGGUUUUAUUAUGAACGAUUUGGUGAUGCUCCUGUUCAUACGCUCAGCGUUAGCAUGUUCUUGCCUAAGAGUCGAAUCUGGUACUUUCGUGAUAUCGGCUAUGCGCAUGGUCUCUGUGAGCAAUGCCCUCCCCAUGAACAUCCGUUAGCAUCUAGAUUGCAACGAAAGGCAUUGCUGCCACAAGAGGUAGAACAAGAAGUAUCCAAGCCAAUCAAAGAUGAUACACGAACAAUGAUGGAGGGUCCAUUCGAAAGCUUCGGCAGCAAGCAUCGGCGAUGGACUACAAUGGCACAAGAUGUCGAACGUCAAAAGGGAAUACCUAGCCUCGCGUGUGGAUGCACCGUGAAUGCUAUCGACAGCAACAAUGCAAAACUCGUACCUUAUGAGUCGAAGCAGCGAAAGCCUUCGGACCCAUGCAUUCGUAAGUUUCUAGGGGGUAAAUGGCUCGUCAAGAAGGACAAGGUAUCUGAUUUCAAUAGUGACACAGGAAUUAUUAGGAGCAGUGAUAGUGUUGAGUACGUUCUGGAUGGUCGAGAUGGUAACCCCUUUCAGUAG